AUGCAGGAUCCUGGCGAGGCCACAGGUGGUAGAACAGGGGUUGAAGAAGGCGAGGAUGGGCAGCAGAGACCCCGAGCUUCCGAUUUCCAGGCUAGUUCUCAGAGUUCGGUGGCAGAGGGUGACCAAGACGAGGUCCCUCGUGAGAGUGGACCACAAGAUGCCAGUAGCCAGUCUCUUCUAGGCAGGUCCCGCCCAGGGAGCCCUGUAGGGUUAGGUGGGGCAGCCGAAGAGGCAGCUGUCGUUCCCCAAGAUGAGCUACCAACACUUCUCCCUGGACCCAGUGGAGAUGUUGCAACAACUGCAAGUCGACUCCUGGAGUUCACUGUAAGAGUGCCUUUCAGGUCUGCAGUAGAGGCAGGCAUGGCCCGCAGGUCCCUGGUCGCCAAUGCCCAGCGCCAGCUACUGAUGGUUCCACAGGAGUACACUGUGAAUGACAGUACCUUGGUUGUUAGGUGGACAACUGACGACACCAGUCUCUUCCAGAUUUCCAUCAAUAGUUUCCUUGACCAGCUCUCCGUGGUGAUGAGAAGUAUUCGGCACUUCCAGUUUGUGGCUGUUGUCAAACGAGGAAGAGGAAGGAUUCAUCACACCUAA